AUGGCCCCGCGAUGCUUACUUAUCGGUACGCCGUCGAUCGCAGCGCAUCCUGAGCAACUUGACAAGGUCUACGAAAUCCAUGACCGCAAAUCAACAGACCUGCAGAUGCUGGACCGCAUCGCGGCCGGUCUCGUCAAUCUGCCCGCCUCUACAUACGAUGUUGUCCUUCUCCUUGCCGACGCCGACGGUACAACUCGCGAAAGCCACAAACUGCUAGCACGCGAUGUUAUGAACAAAGUAGUGGGCGCAUUGAAGGUUGGAGGAGUGCUCAAGAGCCAGGCUGGUCCUCUUCAAGGCUCUGAGAAAACAGAGGCUAUCCUUGCUGGGCUCACGGAAACAGCAGAUGGCAUGACAAAGCCAGAGCAAGAAGAGGCCGUGUCGAUACCGCUGAAGUUUGGCAAGAAGAAGGCAGGCGCCGUCAAUGGAACAAAUGGUACAAAUGGCACAAAUGGCACAAAUGGCACAAAUGGCACAAAUGGCACAAAUGGCACGGUCAAUCCAGACGGUUCUGUCCCGCUUAACCUCAAUGGCAAGCGCAACCAAACCGAACCAGCCAAGCCAAACGGCGUAGGCUUCGUGGACUUCAGCGACGAUCUUGACGAUCCCAUCAUUACCGGCGAAGAUGACGAUUUGAUUGACGAAGACGAAUUCAUCACUGAGGCAGACAUGGCUCGACCUGUCAUUCAACCACCUGAAUGUCAGCCCAAGCCAGGAAAGCGACGACGCGCUUGCAAAGAUUGCACUUGCGGUAUGAAGGAGAAACUCGAAGCUGAAGAUGCCGCCAGACGCGCAUCCGCCGACAAAGCUUUGAACGCACUCAAACUGGAUGCCGAUGAUCUUGCCGAAGUGGACUUUACAGUACAAGGCAAGGUGGGCAGCUGCGGGAACUGUGCGCUGGGCGACGCUUUUAGGUGUGAUGGAUGCCCAUAUAUUGGACUACCGGCAUUCAAGCCUGGUGAGGAGGUGCGGUUGUUGAACAAUGAUAUCCAGUUGUAG